AUGCGUCUGUUCUUUUCCGCGGCGUCCUUACUGGGCGUCGCCGUCCAGAGCGCCACGGCCGCUGAAGAACCACAGCCAGCACACCAGAUUGUCACCCGCGGCGAAGGCUUCAUCCGAUCUCCCGUACGACCCCUUGUCGGCCACGGCCCGAAUCUGCGAGCGCGACAGAAUGAAGUCGAGGUGCUCAACCAGCGAGGCGGGACCCGGUACGGCGUAGAAAUUGAGGUCGGCACGCCGCCGCAGAAGCUGACGCUCAUUCUCGACACCGGGUCGCCGAAUACGUGGAUCAAUCCUGUCUGCGAGACGUCGAACCUGCCGUCGGACUGCCAGAAGUUCCCACAGUUCGACUACGACCAGAGCAGUUCGUUGAAUGUGACGGAUUACGUCGACACGCUGCGGUAUGGGAUUGGGAAUGCGACGGUGCAAUAUGUUUAUGAGACAAUAUCAAUAGGAUCCGCCACGAUCGAGAACCAACUCAUCGGGAUAGCCGUUGAGUCGCACCAAAUUCCCCUCGGCAUCCUCGGCGUAUCGCCUCCCAUCCAAGGCCAAAACGAAUACCCCUACAUCCUCGACACCCUCGUCGACCAAGGCCUGAUCAAAAGCCGUGCAUUCUCCGUCGACCUCCGCGGCAUGGACAACCCAACCGGCGCGCUCAUCUUCGGCGGCGUCGACACGGGCAAAUACAUCGGCGAGCUGGCCAAGCUCCCCAUCAUCCCCCCCUCCCGCACCCCCAGCGGCGCAGACCGCUACUACAUCACCAUGACAGGCGUCGGCCUCACCCUCACCGACGGCUCCGUCGUCCAAUCCGAAGAACUCGAAGUCCCCGUCUUCCUCGACACCGGCGCCACCCUCUCCCACCUCCCCACGCGCAUCUACGAAGCCCUCGCGGGGUCCUUCCCCGACGCCCAAUACGACCCCAACUCAGGCUUCUACAUCCUCCCCUGCGAAUACACCGAAAUGCCCGGAUCCAUCGACUUCUACUUCUCCGGCAAAGCCAUCCGCGUGCCCCUCAACGACUUCAUCUGGGAAAACGGCGCCUACUGCAUCCUCGGCGUCACCCCCGAAGACGAAGAGCCCAUCCUCGGCGAUACCUUCCUCCGCGCGGCCUACGUAGUCUACGACCAGGACAACCGCAACUUGCAUCUCGCUCAGGCCGCGGACUGCGGCUCGCAUCUGGUGGCCAUCGGGUCCGGCGCGGACGCCGUGCCGUCGUCCACGGGCCGGUGUACCGCGCUGCCGACGGCUACGACAGCCGGGAGUAACAGUAAGAGUAUGGGGCUGGACUUUACGGCGACGCGGCCGCCGGCGAAUACCUUUACGGGGACGCUGCCGACGGGGAUUGAUGUGGGGCCGGGGCCGGCGCAGAGUGGGGGAGGUGGGACGACGGUUACCGGGGGUGGGGGGUUGAAACCGACUGGGCAUCCGAAUGCUGCGGGGAGGGUUGAGGGAGUGGGGAUGGGGGUUGCUGGGUUGGGGUUGGUGUUGGCUUGGAUGCUUUAG